AUGGCGCUCCCGGGGCGGGGCAUGGGUGUAGUGGCCUCUCGAGACAUUUCGCAAGGGGACCUUAUAAUUCGCGAGAAGCCAUUAUUCCUGUCAUCUGUCCCAGUGUCUACCUCCUCUCCCGGUGCUAUCCUUCUUGCAGCUCUAGCACCCCUCUCGCCUACGCAGAGGGCGUCAUUCUAUAACCUCUCCUACUCUCACUUCCCAGAAGGCGUACAGAAAGGCACUGCAAGAUAUAACGAGGAACUUGCUCUCGCAAUCUUCCAGAACAAUGCCGUAUCAGCGGGCGAAUCGACGGGGAUAUUUCCGCGGAUGGCCCGCCUGAACCAUGGCUGCUCGCACGCGUUCAACGUGGUAUACGCCUGGCGCGACUACGAGGGCGUCCUGGUUGUGCACGCGCUGAAGCCGAUCAAGGAAGGACAGGAAUUGCUUACGACCUAUACGGACACGAAGCGCCCCCAGCACGUCCGCAGACAAUUCCUCCUGGACCAUUACGGCUUCGACUGUCGGUGCGCCGCAUGUCGCGCCCCGUCCGAUGACCUCGUAGCGCGCUCCGACCAGCGUUUGGGCGCCAUGUCCGAACUCUAUGCACAAUUUUCCGGCUGGCAGCACGGCCGGCUGAAUGGCAGCGAAGCAGCCGCCGUGGCGAUCUCUAUAUGGAACCUUGGCGAGGAAGAAGGCUACUGGAGCGAGCGGGGCCAGCUUGCGGCCGACGUGGUGCACAUUGCGGCUGCCCAUAGCGACGCUUCAGCCGUCCACGAGUGGGCUCGCCUUGCCCAGACGUGGUUCGGAUACGAGCUGGGCGGGGAUAGCGUGCAGGCACAGCAGAUGGGGCAGCUGGCGAGCGCUGCAGGCCCGCAGCUACACAUGGCGUGGGGGACGCGGGCGCGCGAAGCAGUUGGGGGCCCGCGCCGUGGAUGCUCGCUUCGUAACGCUGCUGAGUCCCGGUAA